AUGCGUGCCUCUCGUCGCAGUGGUGCCAAUGGUAGUAGUCUCAACAAAGCCACGGUCCCGUUGUUGCCGAAAAAUCGGCUUGUGAAGGAGCUCCAAGACCGCGGUCUAGACACAAAUGGCGUGCAGACGGUGUUGGCUGACAGGCUGUUGGAGUUUUUAGACAUCGAGGAUGGCACGAUUCCAGCGCCAGCAGGGACUCCAGUAGCUAAAAAACCACCUCCAGCGGCCGCCAAAAAAGCCACCCCGAAGGGCACAAACUCUGCCAAGAAGGGAAAAAAGGUGGUGAAGGAAGAAGUGGAAACAGAAGAGGAGGAGGAUGAGAAGCCCGAUGUCUCAGAGCUCAUCGAGCCGCCCAAACGCGGUCGGAAGCCUUCAGAAGCCAAGAAGAAGGUUAUAAAGCAAGAGGUGCCAGAUGAAGAAGAAGAAGAGGAGGAGGAGGAUGCUCCUGUAGUCAUUGUUCCAACUCCCAGAGGCAAGAGAAAGGCUCCAGGAAGGCCGCCAAAGCAGGUGAACGAUGAACCAGAAGAGGAGCCUGAAGAAAAGCCAGAAGACGUCCCACCAAGUAGAAGAAGUGGAAGAAAGUCGAAUCCUCCUCCAGCACCACCGAAAAAAGACAAGAAAAAAACAGUGGUCGUUGUGAAGACUGAGGAGCCAGAGGAGGUUCCAGAAGACGUUCCGUCGACUUCAGAAGCUCCUGCAGCUCCAGAAAUCGUCUCUGAAGUUGUAGCAACUCCUAAGAAGAAUGGGAAGUUACCAGAAGUCGUAACCUCGAGGUCCGAGGAGAAGAGGGCUCGAAAGAAGAGUGCGAAGCUUCUGGAAGCCGAGGAAUCAAUGGUAGAUGAAGUGGAAGAGGUGCAAGAGGAGCCGCAAGAGCUCCAAGAGCUACAACAGGAGAUUCAGGAGGAAAUUCAAGAGCCAGAGAGAAAGAAGCAGAAGAUAAAGGAGGAGGUUCCAGAUUCUGAUGAGGAAGAGGUAGAAAAGUCUCAAAAGGAGAAGAAGAAGAAGGUGGUGCGAAUAAAAGAGGAAAUCAUCGACGAGGAAUACGCCACGUCAUCCGACCCAGAUUUCACACCGCCUCCAGUUCGCCAUUCGAAACGAAUCAAAGAGCACUCUGAACAGAGCUACGAGGCGUUGCUCGCGAUGCAGAUCCAGAGAGACAAGGCUAAGAAGCAGAGAACGAUGUCUUCUAGUACCUAUCAACCGCCGGCACCUGCACCAGCGCCAGCGCCACGAAAACCGGAUUGGCAGGCGCAGUGGAAGGCCAAAAUGGAGGCGAAUAAGAAGGCGACCGCGGCGGCUCCAGCUCCGACGACGCCAACGACUCCACUAGUAGAAGUUGCGAAACGGAAAGAAUCCGGUACCGCGGAGAUACCGAAGAAGAAGAAGAAGGAGGUGACGAUUGAUGCGAUCGAAGCGUUGAUGGCGUCGACGCAUAAGGAGAAAGCCGAAAAAAAAGCUUCCUUGGAGCGCUCCGAACGCCCCACAGAACGUGCCGUCGGUGGAGCCGAUGCCUCAGGAACCGAUUACGCCCAAAAUCAGCUUCGUAACGUCGCAAAGGCCGCUCCACCACUCGCUCCAGGCCUAUUUUUCAACAAUCAGCCACCAGUCGUCGCGAAGAUCCCGCCAGCAUCCCAUCCAUACGCUUCGCAUAUAAAAAUGAUGCCACCUGGAAUGAUUCCACCGCCACCACCACCAGCAGGUCAACCCACCAGACGUCGUCAAUCGAGAUUCGAUCAACCGCCGCCAGAAGCGAUCGCUGUUCAGCAGCAGCAGCAGCAUUUCUAUGCCAAUUCGAAUGCCAGCCAGCAACCACCUCCACCCCCUCCAUCGCUCACCACGGUGCCACAGAUCUCGAAACGAUCGUCUGGAAUCAGUUUGCACGUUCCACCACCGCCGCCAGGAAGAAAGCCAACGACGCUAGAUGGAAUCGUACCGCCACCGCCGCCGAAGCCGCCAGUUGUCGUUCAGAUUCCACCAGCAACACCGCCGACGUCGGAUUUGCAAAGGCGCGUCCAAGCGCUAUUCUCGAGCGAGCCAGUCACUGCCGUCCCCGUCGUCUUCUCGCCACGCGAAUCCACGUCUUCUGCUCCGAUCUCUGCAAUAUCUCCAUUCUCAAUCCCACCACCUCCUCCACCACCGCCUCCGCCUCCACCGAAGCCUCCAGUUGCUCAGACAGUGCUGAAAACGGAGCCAGAAGGGAAUGACGACGAUGAUGAGUUUGUGAUUCGGGAUACUGUAGUUGAAGAGCCAGAGGAAUCGUCGGUACCUGCUCCAGUAGCUGUCAAGCCAAGCGUGAAGGCUGAAAGAAGCUCUGCGACACCUCCACUACCUCCACCAAGGUACACUGAAGAAGAUAACGCGCCAAAGGCCAUCAACAGGGUUGAGGAGCUUCGAAAGAAGCUGGCACUGGCUGAAGAACGGCAACGACGAGCUGCGGAGUUGGGAGAUGGAGAGUACGAUCCAUUGGAUGAUGCGACGGCGCAAGAGGAGACUGAAGAGGUUUGGGAGUAUCAGCCAACGACGAGAGUGGAGGAUGAGGAGGAGGAGAUGGAGCAGGACGACGAGGAGGAUGAAGAGAUGGAUGAUGAGGAAGACGAUGAGGAGGAUGAGGACGAGGAGGAACAAGAAACGGAGGAAGCCGCUGGAGAGGUUCCAGAAGAAGAGAAAAUGGAGGAUCUAGAGAUCGAGAUCCCUCAGAAUCCAAUGGAGCUGUUCAAACGCGCGCUACCGCUUCUCCAUUCGUCUACUGUAGCGGAGGCACCGAAGAAUGACUACGCUCAAGUGGAUAUCCCGAUGACAGAAUCGCUUCUAACCCGACCGCAAGAAGAGCAACAAGGCGAGGUCUAUUAUCAUGGUGAUCCAGUGCCAGAGGUCGAUGAGAAUGAGCUGUAUGAAAUAGCGGCAGGAAUCAAGCCAAAGAAGAAGGACAAGAAGCCGUUGGUGCAGAUUCCAGAGGAGGAACGAGUGCCAGUUGAUAACGAUACCAUUGAGCUGGAUUAUUAUAAUGCUGACAUCCUUGUGAAGAGCGCCGAGAAGAAUAUUUGGCAAAUCGAACCAUUCUGUCAGGAUGGUCUAGCCCUUAUGUGGGGAGGCAUCAGGUCGAACUUUGGAAUCCAACUUCCGUUCAAACAAACAGACAAGGACAAAUCGCAUCGGCUAGCCUUCCAAAUCCAAAUCGACGCCUUCCAAUCGAUGCAACACCUUCCAACGGAAUUUAUGCAGGAGGAAGGAGACGUUCGAAUGGGAUUCUCGCUUGCUUCGACGCCUCUGGCCCUCGGAGAAAGUUCCGGAUCAUGGUGUAUCACUGCGACGGGAAAGAAGGCGUCCAACAAUCAUUUUUACGAGUUUACAAGAGCCUUCCUUGUCGGCGAUUGUGUUACUUGUAUUCUGGAUCUUCUGGAAGGUUCGAUUUCCUAUCAAAUUAACGGAGAAGACGUUGGAACUCCUUUCGAGAAGAUUCCAUUGAGAGAAGGGGAUAUUAUUUUCCCAACGAUUUGCACAAAAAAUGCCAAUAUCAAUGUGAAUCUGGGACAGGAGUUGAGUGAUGAGAAGUGGAAACUAUCGGAGGAUCGUGACUGGAUGUUCAUCACCGAAAUGGAUCGAGCUCAUCUCGUUCGCUCUCACACCGCGCCUGCAGCAAAGAAGGACUGUACAGUACUGAUGACUGUCGGUCUUCCAGGAGUUGGAAAAACCACGUGGGUUCGUCGUUACCUUGCGGAGCAUCCACACGAGCAUUGGACACUGAUCAGUGCUGACGUUGUGAUCGAUGCGAUGAAGGUGAAUGGAGUGCCCAGAAUCCGAUUGCCAACUCUGAAGCGUCCGGAUUUCCUUCGAGGAAUUAUUGGAAAAUCGAUGAGUCGUCUGAUCUCCCUGGCACCUCGUAGAAGGAAGAACUACAUUUUGGAUAUGACCAAUUGUAUGGCAGAUAGAAGAAAAAAGAAGCUGAUGGGAUUUGAGGAGUUCAAUAGGAAGUGUAUGAUCUUUGUACCCGAUGAGGAUACACAUAUGAAGAGGUUGAUCAAGCAAGAACACGAGGAGAACGAGAAACUGGACACUGACGCUGUGAUGCAGUACAAAGCGGCCAUGUCGCUGCCGAUUGUGGCUGAAGGAGAGCCGUGUGAAGAGCUGAUCUUCAUAGAUCCGCCGGCGGGAAUGGAGGAUUUGGCGUUCGAUCGGGUCGCUAAGAUGAAUUAUGAGUGUAGAUCGUGGUUGCAGUUGCCGAGAAGGAGAGGAGGAGGCUACCAUAACAAUCAUCACCGGGGAAACGGCGGAGGCGGAAGCGGAGGCUACCAACCUCAACACAACCAAUACAACAACGAUCACGGCUACACCCCAUACAACAAUCGACCAUCGACAAGCGGUGGACAAUACUCGCCACGUGGCGGUCCCUCAUCCUCAAUGAACAUCACACAUACCACAUUCGCCCCGAAUGCUCAACGAGAAGAGCCUACGAUCAUAUUGCCGCCUGUCAAAAUCACGAUACCAGUUGCAACGACGUCUCCGGUGGUCACGACUUCUGCUCUGUCAGCUCAAGACUCACCUGCAUCCAGUAUCCGAUCCUCUGGUCCAGUGUCAACGAACCAAUUCUCGUUCCCACCACCAUCAGUUCCACAGUCGCCAGCCCCACCGACGCCACAACCGAUUCAAGCGCUUCAGAAUCAGCAGCAACAGAUUCAGAAGCAGGUUCAGGCUCAGGCUCCAAUUCAGAUGCCAAAGAGAGUAGAAGUGUCCCAACCGCUCACGUUGAACACCUCCCUUCCUUCUAAAAUGAGUGGUCCACCAUCUGCAACAUCAUCUGUGAACUCUCCAAGAUUGACUACGCCCAUCAGAUCCUUGGCUCCAGUCACCCCAGUGACGCCAAGUGUCAUUCCACAGGUUCCGAUGGUUCUGAAUCAGCCACCACCGCCAGUGAUGCCACAGAUGAUGAUGUCGGUUCCGCCGCCAACGCUGAUGGCUCAGAUGAGACAGCCACCACCGACGAUGUUGUCACAAGGCGUUUUUCCUAUUGAUGUGACUGUUCCACCGCCAAACUUCUCCGCUCCACCACCACAACUGCCACCACCUCCUGUCGCAGGCAUUCCACCACAUUUGAUGAUGUAUCAACAGGCUCCGCCCCUCGUGACUCCGCCCACACCCGCCCAAUUCUCAUAUCCACCACCACAAUUUAAUCCACAUUGA